AUUUCCGUAAUAAGUUUAAGGGUGAAAUGUAUUACAUUUGCUGCUUUGUUCCCCACAUUUAGUGAAUGCAGUCGCCCCAAACUUGUUUUGUGGACAAAAAUUUAUUAAGUGAAAUAUGAAUUGAAAAUUGCAAAUAGAAAUAAAAAUCCUACAUAAAUAUGAGAUUUGAGGGAACCACUUUCAGGGCAAUUUUAAAAAUACCUGGUAGAACUUUAUUAUAAUUCUAAGACAAUCAUACUAAGAAAAACCAGAAUACUUCGCUGAGCUACGUUAGGGCGACUUUUGUGUGAAUCGAAUAAAAUGUUUACAAAAAGAAUAUCAUUUGUUUUACUAAUUUCGGUGCUAAAUGUUUGUGGUUUAGAUGUAUAUGAAAAUGGCUUAAGUUUUGCUGCGCUCAAGGAAAUUACAACAAAAUCACACACUGACGAGAUUCCAUCCGGAAUAUGCCAAGUAUAUAAUGGCACAACUUGUGAGAAAUUCUUAAAAAACCAAAGCGUCUUCGUACCACCAAAUCUCUCGCUGAACGAACUGGAAGAGCGUUUGAAGGCAGCCUAUGGCGUUAUAAAAGAAUCCAAGGACAUGAAUGCCAAUUGCCGCGUUUAUGCUCUACCAAGUCUAUGCUUCAGCUCGCUUCCACUCUGCCGUACACCAGAACGUACAAAUUUACUCUAUUUCUCUAAUCGCGCUACACAAAAGGAGCGCAAAUCGAAAAAGUUCAAUACGACGCACGAUUUUAGUGCGAGCACUGAAAAUCACAUAACAGGCUAUCGGCGUCCACGUUUUCUCGAUAAGAAUUUCAAGGAUCGUCGUUCAUUUUUAAAACGUAAAUCUUCCAUAACUUACGAUGAUGUAUUUUCUGGCGAAAUAUCGAGUCAAUAUCCACCCACGAGAGAAUCGGAAAAUCUACGUAGAAUUUGUCGUGAUGAAUGUGAAUUGUUGGAGAAUGAAUUGUGUCAGAAAGAGUAUGCCAUCGCUAAACGACAUCCGGUUUUGGGACAAAAAUUGCCAUUGGAAGAAUGUCAGAGCUUGCCACGUCACGAGGACUGCUCAUCGUUGGGCAUUACUAUCGAUGUAAAUCCCGAACAGGAUUGCUAUUGGGAGAAUGGUGCUGGUUAUAGGGGCACAUUGGCAGUCUCAGGCACAGGCAAACUUUGCUUGCGUUGGUCUUGGCUAAUGAAGGAAAUAUCCGAUUAUCCGGAAUUGGCGGGACAGAAUUAUUGCAGAAAUCCCGGCAAUGUAGAAGAACGUCCAUGGUGCUUUGUAGAUGACAAGUCAUUCGAGAAAAUCAUCGAGCUUUGUGAUAUACCGAAAUGUGCGGACAAAAUGUGGUUCUACAUCUUUGUGACGAUUGGCACAGUUAUUGGUUGCGUCGUUUUCUAUAUGUUCUACGUUUGCUUGAAGAGGCGGCGCAAUGGCGGUAUGACGAAUAUACAAAAUAUCAACACACCAAACGCUGAUAAAAAUAUCUAUGGAAAUUCGCAAGUGAAUUCAUCGUUGGAAAUGACUCGCUUGAAUAGCAACACAAACAAUGAACAGCCGUCAAUGUUCUCACAAAAUCUGGAGCGAAGUUCAUUACUCAGAGUGCCACAAUACACGCUGCAAGAUAUGGAGUUUGUGGAAGAGUUGGGAGAGGGGGCAUUUGGCAAAGUGUACAAAGGGCAACUGACACAAAUCAAUGGCGAUAAGAUAUUUGUAGCCGUCAAAGCAUUGAAAGAAAAUGCAUCGCUUAAAACGCAACAGGAUUUCAGACGUGAAAUUGAACUUAUAUCGGAUUUGAAACACGACAAUAUCGUUUGCAUUUUGGGCGUAGUACUCAAUAAAGAGCCAUAUUGCAUGCUAUUUGAAUACAUGUCAAAUGGAGAUCUACACGAAUUUCUUAUCGCCAACUCCCCCAGCGAAAAUAAAUCGCUGACACAAUUGGAAUUUUUAAAGAUAUCAUUGCAGAUUAGUGAAGGCAUGGAAUAUCUAUCCGGCCAUCAUUAUGUGCAUCGCGACUUGGCUGCGCGAAAUUGCUUGGUUGGCGAUAAACUCACAGUGAAAAUAUCUGAUUUUGGACUUUCACGAGAUAUUUACAGCUCAGAUUAUUACAGGGUACAAUCAAAAUCGCUUUUGCCAGUGAGAUGGAUGCCGUCCGAAUCGAUUUUAUAUGGCAAAUUCACCACUGAGAGUGACGUCUGGUCAUUUGGCGUUGUAUUAUGGGAAAUAUAUAGUUAUGGCAUGCAGCCGUAUUAUGGUCACAGUAAUCAGGAGGUUAUAAAUUUGGUACGCUCGCGCCAAUUACUUUCAUGUCCUGAGGCAUGCCCAACAGCUGUUUAUUCGCUUAUGAUCGAGUGUUGGCACGAACAGUCCGUCAGAAGACCUUCCUUCUCAGAAAUCGCACAUCGUUUGAAGGUGUGGCAUCAAGGGCAACUCAAAUUGAAUUCCACACCGACACUAUCAAUUAAAGCUUCCCCGAAUACUUGAAAUUUAGUUUAACCAAAAAUAAUUGUACUUUUUUUAUUACAUAAGAAAAAAUUAAGUAGUCUUUUGGUAGUAUUUGUACAUUUAUACGUAUAUUGUAUAACACAUAAGGGAAAGACGAACACACAUUUCAUGCACAUAUAAGGAUAUUGAAAAAUACAUUAGUAAACUCAUUCAAAAUUUCUUGAAAAUAUAUUAAAAUGAUUUUUAUUAAAUGAA